AUGGAUUCGGCGUACUUUGUAGGCAGAUCGGAAAUUCUGUCUUGGAUCAACUCUACUCUCCAUCUCAAUCUAUCUAAAGUCGAAGAGUCUUGUACGGGUGCGGUUCAGUGCCAGCUGAUGGAUGCGGUUCACCCUGGGAUGGUGCCAAUGCACAAAGUCAAUUUUGAUGCCAAGAACGAGUAUGAGAUGAUCCAGAAUUACAAGGUCCUUCAAGACGUUUUCAACAAACUCAAGAUCACGAAGCAAAUUGAGGUGAACAAAUUAAUCAAAGGAAGACCUCUGGACAAUUUGGAAUUUAUGCAAUGGAUGAAGCAUUACUGCGAUUCUGUCAAUGGAGGGUUCGCAAGAAGUUACAAUCCUUUGGAAAGGAGAGAGGCCUGCAAGGGUGGCAAAGAAACUAGCAAGAAAUCUGCAACAAUGCAACCUUCAACUAAAAAUGCGGCAUCUUACCCAAAAAAUACCCCUCAUAAUGGACGGAGGAAUGAUGCAACUAAUGUGAACACAGCAAACCAACCCACUAAGGCCACUAGACCUACUUCUAGUGGAGGGCCUCCUGUCUAUCCAGAAGCAGAGCGCGCUGCAUUUGAGCAACAGAUUACGGAGUUGAAGCUAUCAGUGGACAGUCUUGAGAAGGAGAGGGACUUUUACUUUGCAAAGCUGAGGGAUAUUGAAAUCUUGUGCCAGUACCCCGAGAUUGAAAACCUUCUAGUGGUUGGAGCUAUAAAGAGGAUUUUAUACGCUGCAGAUGAUGAUUCAUCGGUGGUAGCAGAAGCUCAAGCCAUGAUCAUGGAGAACCAGCAGCAGUUAGCAGAAGACGAGCCAAAGGGGGAUAAUCAGAAGAGGAAAAAUAUUAUCAAUAUUGAGGUUGAAGCUGCUGCUAGCAACACAUUGACAUCAAGACAAAGGACUUCUGAUGCCUCAGAUGUUCAUUGUAGUGGAUCACCCCUCCUGGUCCGGGCCAUGCCUACUAUAUUUCAAGAAACAUCAUCGUUUAAUCAAGCCAUGGAGACGCCCAGUUGGUUCGAUUUACUUGAUCAGAUACAAGGACUUGAGCAGAUUCCAUCUUCAUUUGAUCCUUGUAGUACCAGAUUUAGUACUAGACUGGAAUUCUCAACUAUUGACAUUGAUACUUGUAGUACUGCACUGGAUUUGGGGUUUGAAAUGCCUCCAAACACUAAAUUUAGCCCCCCAAAUUCCUGGUUUUCUUACACUGUAUGCUAA